GCGGGCCUGGCACCACCCCGCCCCGCCCGCCCCCUCCCCCCGCGCGCCCGCCGGGGCCGCGGACAGACGCGCGUGGCCGCGCGGAGCAGCAGCUGGGGGCGCGGAGCGCGGGAGGCGGCGGUGGCGGCGCCGACCCAGGAACUUCCAGGGCUCUGGGACACAGACAAGAGCAGGCCCUCUCACUUGGGCAUCAUUAACUCGUAGGAACAUUCUGGAACACAGACAAGCAAGUGGUGCCCAUGGGAGUGCCCAGGCGUAUUGGAUGAGGUUUGGUGCGUGCACCAUGUCAUCAUGCAUCUCUGACCAGCCCAGCAGUGAGCGGACCGCCCCCCAGAAUGAGCUGGGGGGCGGGGGUGACAGCAGUAGCAGCAGCGAAAGCCAGAGGCCCUGCGAGGCCCUGCGGGGCCUUUCGUCCCUGAGCAUCCGCCUGGGCAUGGAUUCCUUCAUUGUGGUCACUGAGUGUGAGCCGGGUUGUGCUGUGGACCACGGGCUGGCCCGGGACCAACCCCUGGAGGCUGAUGGCCCAGAGAUCCCUCUGGAUGAUUCCUUUGAUAUCACCCUUGAUGUUUCUGGGUUCCGGGCCCCCUUCGCCAGUCGCAAGCUCUCUCUGCAGGAGCAGGCCCAGCUGGAUGCUAAUGAACGUGGGCCUCCGUCCCUGCCCUAUUCGCCUGUUGGCUCCCCGCAAUCUUCACCUCGGCUUCCCCGGCGGCCCACGGUGGAGUCCCACCAUGUCUCCAUCUCUGGGAUGCAGGACUGUGUACAGCUGAAUCAGUAUACACUGAAGGAUGAAAUUGGAAAGGGCUCCUAUGGUGUGGUCAAGUUGGCCUACAACGAAAAUGACAAUACCUACUAUGCAAUGAAGGUGCUGUCCAAAAAGAAGCUGAUCCGACAAGCGGGCUUUCCACGUCGCCCCCCACCCCGAGGCACCCGGCCAGCCCCAGGGGGCUGCAUCCAGCCUAGGGGCCCCAUUGAGCAGGUGUACCAGGAAAUUGCCAUCCUCAAGAAGCUGGACCACCCCAAUGUGGUGAAACUGGUGGAGGUCCUGGAUGAUCCCAACGAAGACCAUCUGUACAUGGUGUUUGAACUGGUGAACCAAGGGCCUGUGAUGGAAGUGCCCACUCUCAAGCCACUCUCUGAAGACCAGGCCCGUUUCUAUUUCCAGGAUUUGAUUAAAGGCAUCGAAUAUUUACACUACCAGAAGAUCAUCCACCGGGACAUCAAACCUUCCAACCUGCUGGUGGGAGAAGAUGGGCACAUCAAGAUUGCUGACUUUGGUGUGAGCAAUGAGUUCAAGGGCACUGACGCGCUUCUGUCGAACACCGUGGGCACGCCUGCCUUCAUGGCACCCGAGUCACUCUCAGAGACCCGGAAAAUCUUCUCUGGGAAGGCAUUGGAUGUUUGGGCCAUGGGUGUGACGCUGUAUUGCUUUGUGUUUGGACAGUGCCCAUUCAUGGAUGAACGCAUCAUGUGUUUACACAGCAAGAUCAAGAGCCAGGUCCUGGAAUUCCCAGACCAGCCCGACAUAGCCGAGGAUCUGAAGGACCUGAUCACCCGCAUGUUGGACAAGAACCCUGAGUCCAGGAUUGUGGUGCCGGAGAUCAAGCUACACCCCUGGGUCACGAGGCACGGGGCGGAGCCAUUGCCAUCAGAAGACGAGAACUGCACACUGGUGGAGGUGACCGAAGAGGAGGUCGAGAAUUCGGUCAAACACAUUCCCAGCCUGGCGACCGUGAUCCUGGUGAAGACCAUGAUCCGGAAACGUUCCUUUGGGAACCCAUUUGAGGGCAGCCGGAGGGAGGAGCGUUCCUUGUCAGUGCCUGGAAACCUUCUCACCAAAAAGCCAACCAGGGAGUGUGAGCCCCUGUCUGAGCCCAAGGAAUCAAGGCAGCGAAGACAGCCUCCGGGGGCCCGACCUACCCUCCGGGGGGGAGGAAGAAGUGCUCUUGUGAAAUGUGGGCCCCACGUGGAGAGUUGGGGGUCUGUGGCCCUCUGCUCCCCACCACACAUGCAUCCGCCACAGCCCGACGAGGCUAUGGAGUAGCUGUGCUGAUGGAGUGACUGGGGGACUGUCAACCUGGCAUGCUCGGCGGCAUUUCACCUGCAGGGCCAGGCACCCUGCGUUUCCAUAGCAGCAUGUCCUACGGAAACUCAGCACAUGUGUAGAGCCUUGACUGUCAUCUCCGGUUGUCAUCGUCUUCUUUUUCUUUACUUUCUUUCUUUUUUUUCUUUGUUUUAAAGGGGACAAAAAAAAAAUAGCUUGACUCCAUGACAUUGACCUGGCCGCUGGCUGGCUGAACAGGCAGGUGUGAGGAGAUGUGGGCCCAGACCCACAUGCAUUUGGAGACCGUUGCUUUUUAAACGUUUUUAUGCCAAAACCCAAAUCUGUUAUUGUGAACUUAGAACCAUGUCAGAUAUACCACGUGAGUAUGUGUGGGGUUUGAAAGUCAUGAAAACUGGAGGGUAUUCCACAGCAUGGGCUGAGGCCCAAGAGUUGGCUGUUGCAUUUGGUGGAGCGGAAAAGCAGGUGUAACUUCUGCAAACCCCCAACCUGGUACCUUGUAGAACUUCGGUCUCAUGGAGCCAUGAGCAGGGCUCACCCUCUGUAGCCGCAGGGAGCUUCCAUGCAACUUAUUUAUAUGGAGGACUUUUACAAUUUUUUUAUGGUUAAAGUUGUAGUCAGGAAAAAAGAAAGGGCUUGAAGCUGAAUUGCUUCACAAAGGGGAUUUUCCUACCCUCAAAGGGCAUUUGGUGGUUAUGGUGGGAAGUUCCCCCUCAAGAACUGAACAUUUCUUUAUGAUACCCAUGCUAGACAGUUUAUGAUAUAGUUGACUGAGCUCUAGUAAAUCCCUUGUUAAAUCACAAAAACAAUUAAUUUCAGGGUGAAAUCCUAUACUUCCAUGUAUAUUACAUGGCUUCAGAGUAAACAAAUAAGCAAAUGUUUUUUUUUUUUUCCAUUUUCCAACUAGACUGAACUUUCAUGUAGUUCAGAAGUUAUUUAGAGCUUCCAGGAUAUGUUCCACAGCUUCAGGCAUGUGGAAUUAGAGCCAAUGAAAUCUAUGCCUGUAUAUUAGCAGCUUAACUUGUUUGUAACCUGUGUGUUUUAGAGACUGCUAAGGCUUUGCUUUCUUCUUAAAUACUAGCUGAUUGUCAUAGUCAGUGAAAGUUAUUCCAGUUUCUGGAAGGCCAGCUAGGGAAUAUUUUUAUUCAACUGAAUCACAGUGAUCAUCCUUGCUGGAAAAGUUCUGUUAGGAUAGGCACAAUAAUUUUGGGGCACCCUUUCAGGGAUCCUUGAAAUCCAGAGCGUUCCUCAGGGUCCAAGGGAACCAGGGCUUAGCACAGGAAGUUCCCUUUGGUAGCCAAAAAUCCAGAAAAAAAGGUUUACCUUUUUAUAACUUCCCACGAGUAUUGGGGAGUGUAGUGGUUCAAGUGCAUCUUCUUUCACAGCCUCACAUGGGUGAGAGUGUGGAGUUCAAAGGAGAGAAUCACCGGAAGGAGUUGUUCCAGGAAGAUUUUAAGCAUCCCAGUGUCGAGUGUGACUUGGGAGAAAGAGUGUCAAUAACUGAGCUCAGAACGAUGUACUUUCCUGUAGUUCCUGCCUGGCCAGAUUUCUGGGUAAGCUUUCUGCACAGAGGCAGAGAUACAAGAUGGUGCCCUCUUUGGCAGCACGCUCCUAGAGCCAUGUUGGCCUCCAUAGAUCUUUGUGGGUUCGUGGCUGCAGUAUAGCCAUUUUUCUUGCUGUCAUUAAGCAGCACAGAAUUAAAAGACCCUGGGUUUCAAGAGCAAAAGACACCCAUUUGAUGGAGGGUCACCUUACCUGCUUGCUUGCUUUUUGUAAUUAGUAUUUCCUUUUGCCUCUUGCUCUUGUUUCAGUGUAUGGGCUCCACCCCUUCUGGGAGCAGAUGGGGUUUGAUUAGUUUGCAAUAAGCACCUUGUGGUGGUUCCAGUCGGCUGGUCCUUAGUCAUAAUCCCAGCCUGACCGAGUGGCUCACCCAGGGAGGGUGGGCAGCAUGCAGAGCUUCUGCACAACUCCUGUGUUUACACAACCGCAUCGGGCAGUACCAGUUCUCCCAUCAUGAAACUCACAACCAAUAUUCACAUGUGGCAAACAGUGUCAGGCACCACCCAGACUUUUAGGCGGGUGGAUUGGUAAAGGCCUACAUUCAUUAUUAUAUUAUUAUUAUUAAAAUGAAACACCAAAGAAAGCUGUGGAAAGGGACAGCCCCCAGUCCCCAUGAGACGUAUCAACACUCUGCUCUGUUAUACAAUGUGUUAGAGCUACACUCAGCACAAACAUUGAUCUUUCACAGAUCAGGAAAGGGGAGAAGCUGUUAGGAGCCCCUUUUCCAGGUGAGCAGAAUGGAUGCCUGUUAAGUUUCUUCUCUUGCUGGCUCAUCUGCAGAACCAGUUUGGUGUAAGCACCUGUGGCCUUGAAGGAAGCACAAACUCCCUAUCUACCCCUUCCCUGCCUGCUCUCAGUUCCCAUCUACUCUGAAGGUUUGCCAGUGGCCCUCUCCAAAACCUCUAGCUCCUUGUUGGCACAGGGACCAGAGAGGCCCUUUCCCCAUUGGCCAGGCCUUUCCUGUGAACUAGGACUCCCAUUCUCAAAGCCUUUCUGGAACAGAAUGUGUGCAUUUAGACACAUGCUUGUCACCAGUCACUCUCACCCCAUCUCCAGAGGAGGGCAUCACAUUGCUGGGGGUGGGGGAAAGAAGAGCUAUGACCUCCACUUGCUUCCAAGGUGCUAGGGAAGGCUUCAAGGUCAUCGGCUCCCAUCUUCUCUCCAGCUUUAUGGGCUGAGUUUCAUGGGACUGCUGACUUUUCUAUCCUGUGGUUGAUUUAAUGCCCGAUGCUUCUGUUUUAUUCCUGAUCCUUUCUACUAUGCAUUUUCCUUUUAUCAGGUGUACAGAGUUAAAUACUGUGUAUUUAUCACUUAAAAGUACAUGAGCUUAAGAGAAAAAAUAAGACUUUGUGUGUUGUGUGGCUUUAUUCCCCCCACAGAUGUUUAAGCUUCUCUGUAAACUUGAAAUAAACAGACAGCAACAUGGUGCAAA